UCUCUUAAGUAGCGAUAUAUGGAUUAAUUGAUGCCAUAUUCAGUGUCAGUUGGAGAGCCUUCACGAGUACUCAGUGAUAAAACUUUUGAUGUGCUGAAUAAGCACUGGCAGGAGCAUUGGGACACUUGGUGUUUGGCGAAGGAGCAAAAUUUCUCUUCGAAGCACCAGUCCAAUACAUUCCACUUUUAUGCAGUAGGCAUGAACAAUUGUUCUUUAUACAUAUAUGAUAUCGUAAUAAAUUUUUAAGUGUAGCACCAUGGCCCAACCUAAACAUUCUUGUCGAUACAAAGGGAAACGAAGCUUGUCUACAUGUAUUUGUGUUUGUGUUGGUCCUAACAGGGAUCUCUCUGCUGUUACAGAUGUGUCCAUACCUUCUACAAGACACAGAAGUUGUUUUGUUUGGACUUUGCCAGGAAUCCAUCUCACUAGGCUGAUCUCAGAAAGAAUGCGUUCGUUUGCUGUGUGUUACAUGAUGCAGCAAUAUAAUGUGUGAUUUACUUACAAUUUUGAUCAUGAAUAUUGUUAUGACUUUUUUUUACUGAUUGCCAACUGUGCUUUUCUGUUGUAUGGACCAAGCGCAAUGACAAACCUACUGGCUACCCUGUCACUCUGCUGAAAUCGUGAAAAAGAAGUUCUUUUGCAGUGUCCGAUAUGCUAUCAUCAGUGUAAAAAAAGAAAAGCAGGCUGCAAAUGUAUCAGCAGAGGACAUAGCUCUGUCAAGAUAUUCUAUCAUGUGGAUAUGUUGCUAUAUUAUAGUAUAUAUCAGUUCUGCAGUUUGGGCAUGUUUUGUGUUAGUGUAAUUGAGAGAAACGAAAAAGGAUCACGGAAGAUGUUCAGAGAGAAGCAGUCCAUUGUUUAAUGUGGAGAAAUGUGGCAGUAUUGUCCUCUACCGACAAAUGUGGUGUUAUUCAUUUCAUUUCUUUGUAAAUGCUGUGUUUGUCCAUUUUAGUUUCGUGUUUUUCAUGUGAUUUCAUAUUAUUUUCUUUCGUUCAUAUUUAUAUUUCAUUUGAUAUGCUUCAUGCAUUCCAAUAUGAUUUGAUGCCAUUGUUGUGUUGCAUUGUAUGAAUUAUAUACGAGAGAAACAUACUGUACUUAGUUUAAUAGGUCAAUGUGUAAUGCAAUGCCACAUAUGCAAAGUCAUAUCAAUGUUUGGGCAUAACAUCGAAAUUGCGUGCCAAAUCCAAUGUCUGUGUAUUGCGAGCAGGGGUUUGUAUUCAGGACACUUCUUACGUAUAGACAUAUAGGAACUUGUGUGAGACAUGUACUGCAUGGGUGUGCAUGCCACAAGAUUGAUAUGUGAGUUCGGUAGACCAAGGUUAUCCUCUAUUUUGCCUACAAGUGUGGCAACCCUUGUCGUUUGCUAAUGUAGCAUUAUAGUUCGAUCAAAUGUGUGACACUUUCUUCACAUCAUCUUCACGUUCUCCCUGUGACUUUGCAGGUUCCUUGUCAAGAGGGCCACUGGAGCAGUAUGACUCGCUCGUGUCAAUGCGUGGCAAACUGCAUUACUGCCGGUUGUGCAGUUACAAGACUAGCCAGAAAUGCGACAUGAAUAAACACCUGCGCAAACACACUGGCGAGCGUCCUUACAAGUGCCACCUCUGCCCUGAGGCAUUCACUACUGUUUAUGCGUUCAAGCGGCAUGAACGCACACACACUGGCGAGCGCCCCUACAAGUGCCACCUCUGCCCUGAGGGAUUCACUGAUAGUUCCAACUUCAAGCGGCAUGUCCGCACCCACACAGGUUCCUUGUCUUCAGGGCCACUGGAGCAGUGCGACUCGCUCGUGUCUAUGCGUGGCAAACUGCAUUGCUGCCUGUUGUGCAGUUACAAGACUAGCCACAAAUCUGACAUGAAGAAACACCUGCGCAAGCACACUGGCGAGCGCCCCUUCAAGUGCCGCUUCUGCCCUGAGGCAUUCACUUGUGCUUCUGGCUUAAACCGACAUGAGCGCACACACACUGGCGAGCGCCCCUACAAAUGCCAGCUGUGCCCGCAAGCAUUCACUCAGAGUUGGAACCUCACAUGCCAUGUACGCCGCCACACGCGAGAUCGUUCCUUUUCCUGCGCGCACUGCAGCGCAUCCUUUUCGCAGAAACGGAAACUCUUGAACCACAUGUCCUGUCACACUGAGGAGAAUCCCUAAAGGUCAGGUGCUUGCAGUUUUUUGUAGAUCAAUCGGUUGGUCGAUUUAUUUGUGGAGCAGGUUACUUCUAAAAUGCAGGGAGAGGUUUCCGUGUCCGAACAUAUAGUUUCUGGUAAUAUUACCAAGAGGGAAGUUGACUCCACGAUCUAUGAGAAUGCCCUAAGAUGACUGUCUUCACAUAACUUGACAGCUAUGGGAGUUUUUACAGUGAAAGCAUGUCAGCCUUUUUUGUGCAUAUUUUGUGCGAUUUAGCUAUGAUUAGACACUUUCUUUCUCAUAGACUGCUUUGCUAGACAACACUCCUAGUUGUGUAUGACUCUGACGUAUAAUUAGAGUUGAAAAAAAAAAAAGGAAAUGCUAACACUGCCAUCUAGCAGUCCUCUUCAAUUCACGUAGUCAAGACCAAUUUUCUCCAUUCCUUCUGUAAACAUUCAUAUGGUCAUAUGACUGGUUUUCACAGUUUCUUGACUAAGCUGUGGAAUUCUUUCCCUUUACUUUGACUUAUGCAUUUGAUGCCGAAAUUAUUAAAAGCAUGGCAGAAAAAAAUUAGUGCAGGAGAUUUUAACUUCAUUUAGGCCUCAUAAUCAAAUGCCACCAAUAUUUUGUGUGAAGACUAAAUUUCUAUGAACUUUGGUGUAUAGCAUAUUCGCAGCAACCGGCACAUAAGGCCAGAAAAUGUUGCAAAAUGUAUAUGAAGAAAAAUAAACAAGUCUGAGGCAGUUCCCAA